UUUUGAUUCUUACCAAAUUCAUUCCCUUCCUCUCUUCCUCCUCCUCAGUCCACAACUCUUUGCUCUCUGUUUUUUUUCCCAUUCUCGGCUCCAUAGGAAUCCAAACUCGUAAUUUAAUUUAGGGUUUCACGAUUGCCUCUUCUCUUGCCGUCGGUCACCACAAACUUCAGAGAACUCAAAAUUAUACUCUUUCUAACAUAUGAUCUUCACACGGAUAUGAUGUUGUUACAGAUCUAGAAUUUGGACGUCAUAGUUUUAUUUUUAUAUUGAGACACGGUUUCGAGUUGUCAAAACAGGCAAAAAUACGGUACGAUAGACCUUGUAGUCCGGCACUUCUCCAAACCUAGCUCGUAGCGGGAGCUUAGUGCAUUGAGCUGUUUUUUUCUAAUAGGGUGAGUUCCAAAAUAAUUCUAUAUAAACUUGUUUUUCACAACUAUAUGGACACAAUAGUGAACAAAGCAGUGGAAGAACUCUGCAUACAAGGUUGCAAAGGCAGUAGUUCAGUCCUUAUCAGCGAUCUCUGGCCCAAACUAAAUCCCAUCCUUUCAAAAAACGGCCUUGUACUCUGUAAUAAUGUAAAAAAAGCAAUUUUGUCUAACCUUAUUAACAUUCCGAGUCUCGAAUUCGAAUCGCGAGAAGGCAGUAGGUACACUUGUGAUGAUAAUGAUUUGGUUAAGUCAUAUAGUGUGGAAGAAUGCGAGAGAAUGGAAUUGAAGAUCGUCAUACCGGAGCAUAUGGUUGAUAAUUUUACUAGGAUUCAUGAGGUUGAGGUUUCCAAGUCUAAGCUAUGUAAACAAGAGUUAGAAGCUCUUCAUCUCCGUAAAAGAGUCCUCCAACGCAUCGCAAUUGCAAGAGCAAAUGGAAUUACCCAGUGUGAGCUUACUAAGGAAUUUGGCAUCAAGGCCAAUAACUUCUUCCACAUAUUUAAGGAGCUUGAGGUUCUAGGACUGAUUGUGAGGCAUGAAGCAAUUAUUUGGACAAAUGAAGCAUCCAAUAACGGGAAACUUAUAAGUAAGCAUACUACAACCAACAUGCUCUAUUUAAGCCGCUACAGGAAGCACUUGCACAGUCAACAAAGGCUUGAAAUAAGAGGUGGAGUUCUGAUGGCUGAUGAUUUAUCUUAUGAAAAUUCUGGUAGUUGUGAUGUGAAGUCUAAUCGAGAGGAUGUGCAUAUAAAAGAUUAUCUGCCCAUACUGAGGGAUAUUUGUAAUAAACUUGAAAAGGCUAAGGGGAAGGUUCUUACUAUCUCAAAUAUUAAAAAGGACCUAGGUUAUCAAGAUGCUUUUGGACAUAAAGAAUGGAGAAAAAAUAUCUUACGUAGGUUGACACAAGCUCAGGUCGUGGAGGUAACUGAAAAGGGCAAGUCUUUGCGUCUUUUAAAGGAAUUUUCACCAAUGCACUUUAAUACUCGCAUACGUCGAUCUGAUGACCUUGGCCGAAAACAACCUCCGGUUAAAAUAGAAAAGAGAGGUCAGAUUGGCCAACAGCUUGUGGAGCUUCCCGUCGAGCAUCAGACUUUUGAAGUCCAGGAUUGGGGCAACAAUAGAAUGAGCAACGGACAGAAUUCUCCCAUAGAUGUGAGCAACACAGUUAAUGACACAAAAAUGCAGAUAAUGGAUUCUUCUGUACGGGACUUUGUACCUGUAAAAUCUUCAGUAACUGAAACAAUAUCCCCUAGAUGCCAAGCGUACAAAGCAUAUCCCAGUCAUAAAUUGCGAGAAGACUGGGCAAGGGAACAGAGAGAGCAGUGGAUACUUAAAAUGUUAGAGGAGGAGAAGUUCCUUAUAAAACCUGAGUUACAAAGACGACUUGAGAAUCUUGAGAAGGACAGGCACACAUCAAUGGACAAAAAGACCUUAGAACGCAGUUUGAAUAAGCUUCAACAUAAAGGGCACUGUAAAUGCCUUGAUGUCUUCUUCCCUGCUGUCACAAACUUUUGCGAGAACCGUAAAAAGUUAAUCCGCCUUGUUUGUGGUGAACAUACGGUAGACGCCACUCAUGUGAUACAGAUCACUCUUACUCAUGCGCUAGAGCUUAAACCUUACUUUGAGGAGCCUUUCUCUUCAACUGCACGAUCAUCUGAUUUUCAUGGUCCAGAUUCUUGCCAUCAAGUUAGACAUGAUUUUGUUCUUUCAAAUAGGAACGCUGUUGAUGAGUACUGGAACACUCUGGAGUACUUAUUGGCUGGUGCUAAUCCAGAAGCUGCUUCAAUUGCUUCCCCAGAAUCUGCAAUUCAAGAGGUGUUCCAUUGUUUUCACAAUAGGAAGCAAAUGCGUCUCUGUAGAUUCCAAGGAGUUGUAACUGCCAAAUGGAUGGAGGUUCAGCCCAUAGAAGGAUGGAAUAAUUCUUUACAGAAAAGAAAGAGGUCAUCAGGUGGAGAUCCUGCAAGACAUGAAAAGUUACGCACUUCAGACGUACGACCAAGUGACAAGAGCACAUUCGAUACUGUUGACCAAUUCCCUGAUGAACAAAAUGCUUUCCUGGUUUCUCCAGGGGAUGUUGGAUGUAAUUCUCAAAUAAAUUGCGUCGGUGAUCAUAGGGAGGUUACCAAAGGGCUAGAGCAAUGUGAAAAAACUGAGGCCAAUCACUCUUUCAUGAAGAGAAGUGAUAUCUCAAGUCUGAAGCCAACAUGCAGAUCAAGUUUCUCCUGGAGCGAAGAUGCAGACAGGCAAUUGGUGAUUGAAUUUGUAAGACACAAAGCUGCCGUUGGGCCAUAUUCUCGUUUUAAAUGGGCCUCAGUCAAAAACCUUCCAGCGUCACCUGAUGCCUGCAAAAGGAGAAUGACUGCUUUGAACUGCUGUAUGCAAUUCAGAAGUGCUUUAAUGAAUCUCUGUAAUGCAGUCUCGGAGCGUUAUGCACGGCACCUCCAGAACAGGUCUUUAGAUUGCGGUGAUUGUGAAGAGAUGGUUUGGCAUCAUGCCUCAGAAGAAGAAGAUUUGGAUCAAGGUGUUUCUGACGGCCGUGAACAUUCUAGAAAGGCUGUUGCACACGAGCGGUGGGAUGAUUUUGACAACGACAACGUAAAGGUUGCCCUAGAUAAGGUGCUAGAAUGCAAAAAGAUUGCUAAGUUGGAUGGUAGCAAUGGAGUUCAAUCUGCCAAUGAUAAUUCAGAUCUCAGUUUAAAUGCUGAAAGACCUGAGAAAAGCUCUCACUGGGUUCCUAAGAGGUGUGGUGAUCCUUUAAGUGAAAGCAACAGUGUAAGUAGGCAAGCAUUUGAAUCAGUUGCAGUUGCAAAUGCUGCAGAGCUAUUAAAGAUGGCAGUCCUGGCCUUCUCAAGAUUCCGACUGGUGCCAGCUUCCAUUGUUGCAACGUACAAUCAUUACCCAAAGCAUGAUAUUUUGGAUGCUUUCAACUUCCUCAAAGAGAAGAAAGUGAUCAGGACUACAGCCAAAGGCACCGUUGUAUUUCCUCCGAACAUCUUGAAUAGUAUGUUUUUAUCUCCGCUUCAAAGAGAAACUGGAGCACAAGCAGCUAGAUUUUCAACCUGGCUGCAUCAAAGAGAAAAAGAGAUGAUAAAUGGUGGGGUUGAUCUUCUGCCAGACUUGCAAGGUGGUGACGUCUUAACUUUAUGUGGUCUGUUGUCUUCAGGAGAACUGUCAAUUAUACCAUGCCUUCCAGAUGAAGGUGUUGGAGAGGCUAAGGAUGCCAGAACUCUCAAACGUAAACAUAAUAUUUGUGAGUUUUGGGAUGGAAACAGGAGUAAGAAAUUGAGACCAUGGUUGAUUGGCAAAGGUGAGGGUCGCAGAGCAAAGGGUUUUCCUGAUAUUACUUUAUCCUUGAGCCGUGCAACAUUUUUCAGCAGAGAAGCUGUAGAAUUUUUUAAAGAUGAUGACAAUCAGCCCUUGACACAAAUUGGUGAAGAAAGUCAAGUCAAGUUCAUGUCAGUUCUUGAAGCUAGCAGUAGCGCAUCUUACUUCGAAGGACAAAAUCAUGUAAAGGAAACACAUGAGAAUGAGAGUUACAGAUACACAGCAGUGUCUUCCAAAGAGUUGCUCUGGGAAGCCAUGGCAAGCUGUGCUGAACAGUUUUGCUCCUUUUCUUCUAAAAAGGAAAGUUCUGCAUUUAACCCACAGCUCUUUAGGUCUUUACUUUUGGCCAUUCAAAAGGCUGGUGACCAGGGUCUAAGCAUGAAAGAAAUCUCAAUGUCUGUGGAUGUUCAGGGGGAAAAGCUGCUGGGCAUUAUUGUCGACGUCCUUGAAACUUUUGGACAAGUAUUGAAGGUCAAUGCUUAUGAUUCUGUUCAUGUGGUUGAUUCAUUAUAUCGUUCUAAGUAUGUGUUAUCCACUAUGUCUGUUGCUCAACAAGAUUCUUUGGUCAUUCCUUCGGGAGUUUCUAAAGGGGCAGCACCAAGCAAACAUGAAGCCGCUGAACUCCAUAAUCCCACUGAUCAAGAGCAACCUUCUGAACCUUUACUUGAAAGGCAAAGCACAAAUAAUGACCAUGAUCCACUGGACUUCCAAACUGCAAAAUCUCAUUUCUGUAAGCCAAUAUUGUUUUGGAUUGAUGGCGAUGGCACUGUCAACAACAUUGUCUACAGAAAACUUGUGUCUCGUGCUCUGGGUAUCAUAAUGCAGAAUCCAGGAAUUCUAGAGGAUAAUGUUAUCGACCAGAUGCAUGGUCUGAAUCCUCAGAGUUGCAGAACUUUGUUAGAGAUGAUGAUUCUGGAUAACCAUAUCAUUGUGCGUAAAAUGUUUGAAACUACAGCUGGGCCACCUGCCAUUCUCAGUGGCCUUCUUGGAAGGCAAUUCAUGAAUUCAAAGAUUAUUUUAAAACGACAUCUCUUUGCGAAUCCCAUGAGCAGUUCCCUUUUGUAAAGAUGGAAACAUCUAUCUGUAAGUACAAGCACUGAUCUAUUAACGUUCUUAUAAUUUAAAGUCA